CCAGUCCAGUGCAGAGGUGGCGGCCGUCACCGAAUGCCACCGUUCUCGUGAGUCAGGCACGCAGAAAAGCCGCCGCGCACCUCGGUUGGAGGCCCGAAUUCUCUUGGAAAAGCUAAUAUCCGACGCUACGCUCCACCCCGGCGUGCACGCUCUUCCCCGUCUCUGCUCCUUUCACCGCAAGCUUCUCUCCUCUUCGGCCAUCUCCUCCGCUCCACGAUCGAAUGGGCUCGGCUUCAGAUGGUAGCAGGGAGCACCUGCUGGACGUGGGCGGCCUCGCCGCCGGCGGGCCCAAGAUACGGGUGCGCGGGCUGAGGCGGCGGGCGGAGGCGAGCGGCGAGGAGAUCCUGCGCGGGGUGGACCUGGACGUGCCGCGCGGGGUGGUGAUGGGCGUCAUCGGCCCCAGCGGCAGCGGCAAGUCCACGCUGCUCCGCGCGCUCAACCGCCUCUGGGAGCCCGCCCCCGGCGCCGUCACCCUCGACGGCGCCGACAUCUGCGGCAUGGACGUCCUCGCGCUCCGCCGCAAGGUCGGCAUGCUCUUCCAGCUCCCCGCCAUGUUCGACGGGACCGUGGCAGACAACGUGCGGUACGGGCCACAGCUGCGCGGCAAGAAGCUCAGCGAGGCGGAGGUGAAGAGCCUGCUGAGCCUGUCGGACCUCGACCCGGCGCUGUCCUCCCGGCCGGCGUCGGAGCUGUCCGUCGGGCAGGCGCAGCGCGUGGCCCUGGCCCGCACCCUCGCCAACGACCCGGAGGUGCUGCUGCUGGACGAGCCGACGAGCGCGCUGGACCCGAUCUCGACGCAGAACAUCGAGGAGGCCAUCGUGCGGCUCAAGAUGGCGAGGGGGCUCACCACGGUGAUCGUCUCGCACAGCGUGAAGCAGAUCCAGCGGAUCGCCGACCUGGUGUGCCUCGUCGUCGACGGCGAGGUCGUGGAAGUGCUCGCGCCGUCCGCCCUCUCCGAGGCCAAGCACCCCAUGGCCCGGCGCUUCCUGGAGCUCAGCAGCUGAAUAUCUUUGUUUCGUUGCCCAAGAACAUCAUUGCUCGGUGUCGACCGACCUCUGCUUAAUUCGGACAUGUUCACUGUAAUCUCGCUACGACGAGGAACGCCGUGUGCGAUUUGGUGGGAGACGAGCUCUUUUGUAGUACUCCUACAAUACAAAGUACUGUACGUACGUGCAUAAAUAGACUGCUAUCUUGGAGA